CUGCCUUGGAGCAAACAAGAGAGGAUAUAGAACACAGACGUUAAUAAUACGGAGAAAGAGGGGCGCUAGAAGAGAGAUAUGUACGUGAGUGUGUGUGUGUGCGUGUGUGACCCUGUGAAUAUGAGGAAGAUAUGAAUAUGAAGCAGCAGGACUAAAGGUGGAUUGCACAUAGCCUUUCUCUCCCUGCAAGGGCUUGUCUGCAGUAUCCUUUGUAAAUGGAUGCUGGCUUGUGAACACGACUCAGAGGCCUUCAGUUAUCGGGGAGAUAUCACACCGCAAAAGAAGCAGAAAGGAUUUCAUCAGGAAGAUCAAGCGAACCAGACCAAAUAUCGAACUGAAGUGGAUGGUUGCAGAAGCCAAACAAGGGCAACGCACCACAAGAGCCAUGUGGGAGGAGAGUGAGGGAGUUUUGCUAUUCACACACAUCAAGUCCAAACACUUCCUCUACUGACAUACGCUGAACCUUACCCAGCCCUCCUCAACAGCUUUUCCUCAGGGGGAGCCCCUGCUAUGAACCCCAGCUCCCUUGGCUUCAGCAGGCAGUCCAACCUCAGUGCCAGGCGCUGUGUGGGCAUCCCACAAGUCUGGGUUUUGCCCACACAGGACUCUCAGACUGCCCCUGAACAAAAAGAAUGAAAUACUCCUGAGUCACUCCUCUGUGUGGUGGCUCUCCUGUCUAGUGUUAAAUUGGUCUGUUGUGAAGUUUUGUCUGCCUCUUCCCCACCAACCUCCUACCUUUAGUGAAAACUCUCUCCAACUCUUUUCAGUCACCGCUUCAUUAUAAUUUGCUUUCACAUCAAGCAGCAGCACGAGUUCCUUUGUGCUCACCACGUGGUGGAGGACCAUGGGAUGCCGUCAGAGCUCGGAGGAGAAGGAAGCCGCGAGGCGCUCGCGGCGAAUUGACCGCCACUUGCGCUCAGAGAGUCAACGGCAGCGGCGUGAGAUCAAGCUACUAUUGCUGGGCACCAGCAACUCCGGCAAAAGCACCAUUGUCAAACAGAUGAAGAUCAUCCACAGUGGAGGCUUCAAUCUGGAGGCAUGCAAGGAGUACAAGCCCCUCAUUCUGUACAAUGCCAUCGACUCUCUCACCCGCAUUAUCCGGGCCCUCACCACCCUCAAGAUCGACUUUCACAAUCCUGAUCGCGCCUACGAUGCCGUGCAGCUCUUUGCCCUCACAGGGCCGGCUGAGAGCAAGGGCGAGAUCACUCCAGAGUUGCUGGGGGUCAUGAAACGUCUGUGGGCUGACUCAGGGGUGCAGGAGUGCUUUCAACGAUCCAAUGAGUACCACUUAGAGGACAACACUGCCUACUACCUGAACGACCUGGACCGCAUUUCUGCACCCGAGUACAUCCCUACUGUUGAGGACAUCCUACGGUCCCGCGACAUGACCACCGGCAUUGUGGAGAACAAGUUCACCUUCAAAGAGCUCACCUUCAAGAUGGUAGAUGUGGGCGGACAGCGUUCAGAAAGAAAGAAGUGGAUCCACUGUUUCGAGGGCGUGACUGCAAUCAUUUUCUGUGUCGAGCUAAGUGGCUAUGACCUCAAACUCUACGAGGACAACCAGACGAGCCGUAUGGCCGAGAGCUUGCGCCUUUUCGACUCCAUCUGCAACAACAACUGGUUCACCAACACAUCGCUCAUCCUUUUCCUCAACAAGAAGGACCUGUUGGCUGAGAAGAUCAAACGCAUUCCUCUGACAGUGUGCUUCCCUGACUACAAAGGUCAGAACACCUACGAAGAGGCAGCUGUCUAUGUGCAACGGCAGUUUGAGGACCUCAACCGCAACAAGGAGACCAAGGAGAUCUAUUCGCACUUCACCUGUGCCACUGACACCAGCAACAUCCAGUUUGUGUUCGACGCUGUCACGGACGUGAUCAUCCAGAACAAUCUCAAGUACAUUGGGCUGUGCUAGGACCUGACGCAGGGUGUCGGGGGUGGGGGGGUGGGUAAAGCGGGCUGCUUGGCAGCGGUUGGCCUGCCAUCAGGCUGAAUAAACAAAAGGCAUGUCAGUCUGCCUGACGGGUUUAUCUCUUUGAAGAGGUGCAACAGAGAACUGCAAAGGAAAUGAGGUAGUAAGAUGGUCAGGGAUAGACGAUUCUGUAGAUUAAACUGUUUCAAUUGAAACAACGGAGCUGGCCAUGGUCAAGAUGGGAUUUUUACCCAAUGUGUUUGCACUGAAUAUGAGUAUGCAGAGACACCCAAACACACAUACACACACACACACACACACACACACUGACACACAACCUUAUGUUUGCUCACACACAAGAUCUUUGGAUCAACAGUCAAGCACUUGUUUGACAAGGCAACACUGGAAAUUCUAGACAGCUACCCCUACCUGCCUGCCAAACCUGAGACUGAGUAGAAGGUCUGUGCUGGUGGUUUUCAGUUACUUUUGUCUCCUUUAUUUUAUUUGCCUGAGUCAAUUAAUGCUGCUUUACAAGACGAAUUUUGACAGAAUCAAUGUUCUCUUUUGGAUUUUCACCCUAACAAUGGUAACCAGUGAGUGCACCUGAUGAGAUGUAGAGUGAGCCUGUAUUUCUGAGAAAAAAAAAAAAAAAAUGUCAGUAGACAUGAUGUCACAGGGUUUCUGCCUAAAAGAGGAAACUG